CGAGUAAAACAUACGCAAAAGCCACGAAACAGUUUACUAAUAUUUUUGAAAUAUGAAUCAAUUACUCGUUUGCAGUUUCUUGUUGGCGAUCGCAUCGUCUUACGCAGCCGUUGUUCAAGCAGCAUCCUAUGUCGUUUCAGUUCAAGGAAACGACGGUGGCGACCCAAUCUGUGGUGGUGUUCUCAUCGGUGAAAAAACUGUGCUGACCACUGCGCAGUGCCUGGCUUUCUACGAUCCUGAGCAAUUGGUUGUUUCAGUAAACAAUGGCGCUCAAAUCAUCAAGCUUGCAGGUUACACUUUCGAUGCAGCAUUCGACUUCGUUACCAUGGAAAACAACAUCGGCCUCUUGAAACUGGCCGAAGCAGCAAACGCUGAUAUCAUUGAUCCGGCUCAACAACAACCAGCAACCGGUGCUAGCGGUGUUACCUACAGUUGGGGUACCAAUGGCACACUAAACAGUGUCGAUGUUGAACUCAUCAGCACGAGCGAUUGCGGUUCUGGUGAUUAUGGCUGGAGUGAAGAUGAGGUUUUGAAUACAAUGGUUUGCGGAUUGGUAAAAGACAGCAACUCAUGCGUUGGUCGUUUCGGUAGUCCAGUAGUCUCCGACAACAAACUGGUUGGUUUGACUGCAUGGGGUGGCUGUGGUACCAAGGGUAAAGCAGCUGUUUUCACCGAUGUGCCAUCUCUACUCUCAUGGAUCAAUAGUAGCCUAUAAACUUAGGAAUAACUUAAGCAAAAGCUUAGCUUCUUGAUAUCUAAAAUAACAAAGCAAAAAAUAUUAA